AUGUCUUCUUGGUUUUCUUAUUUUCGGUAAGUAAAGUUUGAGAGACGUAUACGAAGAGAAGGCAACGGAAAGCAUAACUCACACGUUACAGAUCUCCUACGCCCAACAAUAAUGAAGACCCCCAGCCGGGCACGUCCGAACAAAUCCAAACCAUAUCAGAGACCAUAGACGGCCUCACUCAAGAACAAAAACAACACAUAAACGAGGUAAACACAGGCAAAGUUACAGUAUUCCGAGUUUAGGUACUCAACCGAGCUGAACGGUCCAAGCAAAAUGUACGGGUAGUUAUGGACCAGUACCAGCUCAGAGGGCUCAGGGAACGAGGGUCGAUCUCAGAGAGCAGCAUCGACAUUGAAGAUGAAGAUGACCUGUUAGAAAUGGACCCACUUCCAAAAAGUAAGAGUUAAUUUGAGAAAUUAAAUAAACCAUUUAGUUAUAAGAUACGAUAUAACAAACGUUGAGUAAUUUAAAGUACCUAUAAGAGUAAUCGCUUAGGUGUCCAAGUAAGCGUGGGCCAAGGUACAUCACGGGAAGUCUCGCCGUUCCCUCAAUCAGACAUGAGCAUCGACGACCUAAGUGCCAGCUGUAGAUCAUAUACGCCGUCAAUUACAGUCGAGAAUGCCCCAGGUAAUAAACAAUUCACAACAAAAUAUUUAAAUUCAGAGACGACAGAAGACGACCUAAAUAUUGUAUCGAAAGGAAUGAAGUUACUAAGCAACAAGAUCGUAGAAUGGGUAACCAACUUGGACGAUGACUACGGUAUAAACUCGAAACAACGUAAGUUGACUAAUCCAAUAAGAUCAAAUAGGUCAAAAAGUAAACAGAAAGGUUAAAAUGCGCGAAAUUAAACUAAGUAUUGAUUACAGAACACGAUGACAAAGAAGCCGAACUGUUCUACGAAGGCUCGCUACUCGAUGAUUACACGACAAACUUUACUCGCUGUGUCAUCAUAAUUGCUCUCGCAGAUGUAACGACAAUAAGAAGAAUCAAAAAAGAAUCCUUAAAUAUACACCUACAACAACUAGCUGAGAACCUCUCACGCCAAGCAAUCUCAAGUGCGUAUGCUAAUUUCAAGCCAACUGCUUCAAACAAAGAUCAGUCGAAUAUACAACACGAUUUAGUAGAAUCUAUAGUACAAGAGUCUCUAGAAACAGCAAUAGCAGAAUAUUAUCUACAUGGUAAGUACAAUAGUGUAAUAUACAUGUCGUUUAGAACAAAAAGAUUACGACCUGCCUUAUGGCGUCCUAAUCAACUCAUCAGCGACCGCUACUUUCAACCAACAAUAUUCAUUAAGUACUAUAAACCACACCUCAAUCUCUGAUUCCACAGAAAUAGAAAGCACGUCCUCAGAUCCAGGGGACAAUGAAAAAGCUUCAGAUGCGGCAAUAACAUUAAAUAUAACGGGUAACUCAAUCAGUGCCAAUAUCACACGUUUAAAACAAGAUCUCAACCAACAUUUAAAAGAAGGCGUCGAUGGGUCCGGUGCAACAAAAGAUAAUAUUUUUAAAAUAGAAAGCCCUUCAACAACAGAAAAUGAACAAUCAGAAGAAACAACAUCAUCAGCCACCUCUGGUGCUGACGAAGAAGCCCGAUUCGAAAGCCAAGGUUCAGUUAUCGCCGGUGAUUCUUUCGAAGAUCAUGGCUUACUCGCUGAAUCUCCCGUCAAAGAGGCCCCACCUCUACCACCACCUCCAGUUUUGAUUCAAAAAGAGGAGUUGACAACAGAAGAGCUAGAACACAUCGAACGGGUACGACGACUGGCUGAAGGUUUAGAAAUGACCCCCGUCGAAGAACCAGAAAUCAGAGAAGCCGUACUAGAGUUUAGAGAAGCCGAACCAGAGUUUAGAGAAGCCGAACCAGAGUUCAGAGAAGCCGAACCAGAGUUCAAAGAAGCCGAACCAGAGUUCAAAGAAGCCGAACCAAUGCUAGAACGAACAUCAUCAUCAGCCACCUCUGGUGCUGACGAAGAAGCCGGUUUCGAAAGCCAAGGUUCAGUUAUCGCCGGUGAUUCUUUCGAAGACCAUGGCUUACUCGCUGAAUCUCCUGUCAAAGAGGCCCCACCUCUACCACCACUUCCAGUUUUGAUUCAAAAAGAGGAGUUGACAGCAGAAGAGCUAGAACACAUCGAACGGGUACGACGACUGGCUGAAGGUUUGGAAAUGACCUCAACGUACGUCGAAGAACCAGAAAUUAGAGAAGCCGAACCAGAGUUCAGAGAAGCCGAACCAGAGUUCAAAGAAGCCGAACCAGAGUUCAAAGAAGCCGAACCAAUGCUAGAACGAACAGCAUCAUCAGCCACCUCUGGUGCUGACGAAGAAGCCCGUUUCGAAAGCCAAGGUUCAGUUAUCGCCGGUGAUUCUUUCGAAGAUCAUGGCUUACUCGCUGAAUCUCCCGUCAAAGAGGCCCCACCUCUACCACCACCUCCAGUUUUGAUUCAAAAAGAGGAGUUGACAGCAGAAGAGCUAGAACACAUCGAACGGGUACGACGACUGGCUGAAGGUUUGGAAAUGACCUCAACGUACGUCGAAGAACCAGAAAUCAAAGAAGCCGAACCAGAGUUCAGAGAAGCCGAACCAGAUUUCAAAGAAGCCGAACCAAUGCUAGAACGAACAGCAUCAUCAGCCACCUCUGGUGGUGACGAAGAAGCCCGUUUCGAAAGCCAAGGUUCAGUUAUCGCCGGUGAUUCUUUCGAAGAUCAUGGCUUACUCGCUGAAUCUCCCGUCAAAGAGGCCCCACCUCCAGUUUUGAUUCAAAAAGAGGAGUUGACAGCAGAAGAGCUAGAACACAUCGAACGGGUACGACGACUGGCUGAAGGUUUGGAAAUGACCUCAACGUACGUCGAAGAACCAGAAAUUAGAGAAGCCGAACCAGAGUUCAGAGAAGCCGAACCAGAGUUCAAAGAAGCCGAACCAGAGUUCAAAGAAGCCGAACCAAUGCUAGAACGAACAGCAUCAUCAGCCACCUCUGGUGCUGACGAAGAAGCCCGUUUCGAAAGCCAAGGUUCAGUUAUCGCCGGUGAUUCUUUCGAAGAUCAUGGCUUACUCGCUGAAUCUCCUGUCAAAGAGGCCCCACCUCUACCACCACCUCCAGUUUUUAUUCAAAAAGAGGAGUUGACAGCAGAAGAGCUAGAACACAUCGAACGGGUACGACGACUGGCUGAAGGUUUGGAAAUGACCUCAACGUACGUCGAAGAACCAGAAAUUAGAGAAGCCGAACCAAUGCUAGAACGAACAGCAUCAUCAGCCACCUCUGGUGCUGACGAAGAAGCCCGUUUCGAAAGCCAAGGUUCAGUUAUCGCCGGUGAUUCUUUCGAAGAUCAUGGCUUACUCGCUGAAUCUCCUGUCAAAGAGGCCCCACCUCUACCACCUCCAGUUUUGAUUCAAAAAGAGGAGUUGACAGCAGAAGAGCUAGAACACAUCGAACGGGUACGACGACUGGCUGAAGGUUUGGAAAUGACCUCAACGUACGUCGAAGAACCAGAAAUUAGAGAAGCCGAACCAGAGUUCAGAGAAGCCGAACCAGAGUUCAAAGAAGCCGAACCAAUGCUAGAACGAACAGCAUCAUCAGCCACCUCUGGUGCUGACGAAGAAGCCCGUUUCGAAAGCCAAGGUUCAGUUAUCGCCGGUGAUUCUUUCGAAGAUCAUGGCUUACUCGCUGAAUCUCCUGUCAAAGAGGCCCCACCUCUACCACCUCCAGUUUUGAUUCAAAAAGAGGAGUUGACAGCAGAAGAGCUAGAACACAUCGAACGGGUACGACGACUGGCUGAAGGUUUGGAAAUGACCUCAACGUACGUCGAAGAACCAGAAAUUAGAGAAGCCGAACCAGAGUUCAGAGAAGCCGAACCAGAGUUCAAAGAAGCCGAACCAGAGUUCAAAGAAGCCGAACCAAUGCUAGAACGAACAGCAUCAUCAGCCACCUCUGGUGCUGACGAAGAAGCCCGUUUCGAAAGCCAAGGUUCAGUUAUCGCCGGUGAUUCUUUCGAAGAUCAUGGCUUACUCGCUGAAUCUCCUGUCAAAGAGGCCCCACCUCUACCACCACCUCCAGUUUUUAUUCAAAAAGAGGAGUUGACAGCAGAAGAGCUAGAACACAUCGAACGGGUACGACGACUGGCUGAAGGUUUGGAAAUGACCUCAACGUACGUCGAAGAACCAGAAAUUAGAGAAGCCGAACCAAUGCUAGAACGAACAGCAUCAUCAGCCACCUCUGGUGCUGACGAAGAAGCCCGUUUCGAAAGCCAAGGUUCAGUUAUCGCCGGUGAUUCUUUCGAAGAUCAUGGCUUACUCGCUGAAUCUCCUGUCAAAGAGGCCCCACCUCUACCACCUCCAGUUUUGAUUCAAAAAGAGGAGUUGACAGCAGAAGAGCUAGAACACAUCGAACGGGUACGACGACUGGCUGAAGGUUUGGAAAUGACCUCAACGUACGUCGAAGAACCAGAAAUUAGAGAAGCCGAACCAGAGUUCAGAGAAGCCGAACCAGAGUUCAAAGAAGCCGAACCAAUGCUAGAACGAACAGCAUCAUCAGCCACCUCUGGUGCUGACGAAGAAGCCCGUUUCGAAAGCCAAGGUUCAGUUAUCGCCGGUGAUUCUUUCGAAGAUCAUGGCUUACUCGCUGAAUCUCCUGUCAAAGAGGCCCCACCUCUACCACCUCCAGUUUUGAUUCAAAAAGAGGAGUUGACAGCAGAAGAGCUAGAACACAUCGAACGGGUACGACGACUGGCUGAAGGUUUGGAAAUGACCUCAACGUACGUCGAAGAACCAGAAAUUAGAGAAGCCGAACCAGAGUUCAGAGAAGCCGAACCAGAGUUCAAAGAAGCCGAACCAGAGUUCAAAGAAGCCGAACCAAUGCUAGAACGAACAGCAUCAUCAGCCACCUCUGGUGCUGACGAAGAAGCCCGUUUCGAAAGCCAAGGUUCAGUUAUCGCCGGUGAUUCUUUCGAAGAUCAUGGCUUACUCGCUGAAUCUCCUGUCAAAGAGGCCCCACCUCUACCACCACCUCCAGUUUUUAUUCAAAAAGAGGAGUUGACAGCAGAAGAGCUAGAACACAUCGAACGGGUACGACGACUGGCUGAAGGUUUGGAAAUGACCUCAACGUACGUCGAAGAACCAGAAAUUAGAGAAGCCGAACCAAUGCUAGAACGAACAGCAUCAUCAGCCACCUCUGGUGCUGACGAAGAAGCCCGUUUCGAAAGCCAAGGUUCAGUUAUCGCCGGUGAUUCUUUCGAAGAUCAUGGCUUACUCGCUGAAUCUCCUGUCAAAGAGGCCCCACCUCUACCACCUCCAGUUUUGAUUCAAAAAGAGGAGUUGACAGCAGAAGAGCUAGAACACAUCGAACGGGUACGACGACUGGCUGAAGGUUUGGAAAUGACCUCAACGUACGUCGAAGAACCAGAAAUUAGAGAAGCCGAACCAGAGUUCAGAGAAGCCGAACCAGAGUUCAAAGAAGCCGAACCAAUGCUAGAACGAACAGCAUCAUCAGCCACCUCUGGUGCUGACGAAGAAGCCCGUUUCGAAAGCCAAGGUUCAGUUAUCGCCGGUGAUUCUUUCGAAGAUCAUGGCUUACUCGCUGAAUCUCCUGUCAAAGAGGCCCCCACCUCUACCACCUCCAGUUUUGAUUCAAAAAGAGGAGUUGACAGCAGAAGAGCUAGAACACAUCGAACGGGUACGACGACUGGCUGAAGGUUUGGAAAUGACCUCAACGUACGUCGAAGAACCAGAAAUCAAAGAAGCCGAACCAGAGUUCAGAGAAGCCGAACCAGAUUUCAAAGAAGCCGAACCAAUGCUAGAACGAACAGCAUCAUCAGCCACCUCUGGUGCUGACGAAGAAGCCCGUUUCGAAAGCCAAGGUUCAGUUAUCGCCGGUGAUUCUUUCGAAGAUCAUGGCUUACUCGCUGAAUCUCCUGUCAAAGAGGCCCCACCUCUACCACCUCCAGUUUUGAUUCAAAAAGAGGAGUUGACAGCAGAAGAGCUAGAACACAUCGAACGGGUACGACGACUGGCUGAAGGUUUGGAAAUGACCUCAACGUACGUCGAAGAACCAGAAAUUAGAGAAGCCGAACCAGAGUUCAGAGAAGCCGAACCAGAGUUCAAAGAAGCCGAACCAAUGCUAGAACGAACAGCAUCAUCAGCCACCUCUGGUGCUGACGAAGAAGCCCGUUUCGAAAGCCAAGGUUCAGUUAUCGCCGGUGAUUCUUUCGAAGAUCAUGGCUUACUCGCUGAAUCUCCUGUCAAAGAGGCCCCACCUCUACCACCUCCAGUUUUGAUUCAAAAAGAGGAGUUGACAGCAGAAGAGCUAGAACACAUCGAACGGGUACGACGACUGGCUGAAGGUUUGGAAAUGACCUCAACGUACGUCGAAGAACCAGAAAUCAAAGAAGCCGAACCAGAGUUCAGAGAAGCCGAACCAGAUUUCAAAGAAGCCGAACCAAUGCUAGAACGAACAGCAUCAUCAGCCACCUCUGGUGCUGACGAAGAAGCCCGUUUCGAAAGCCAAGGUUCAGUUAUCGCCGGUGAUUCUUUCGAAGAUCAUGGCUUACUCGCUGAAUCUCCUGUCAAAGAGGCCCCACCUCUACCACCUCCAGUUUUGAUUCAAAAAGAGGAGUUGACAGCAGAAGAGCUAGAACACAUCGAACGGGUACGACGACUGGCUGAAGGUUUGGAAAUGACCUCAACGUACGUCGAAGAACCAGAAAUCAAAGAAGCCGAACCAGAGUUCAGAGAAGCCGAACCAGAUUUCAAAGAAGCCGAACCAAUGCUAGAACGAACAGCAUCAUCAGCCACCUCUGGUGGUGACGAAGAAGCCCGUUUCGAAAGCCAAGGUUCAGUUAUCGCCGGUGAUUCUUUCGAAGAUCAUGGCUUACUCGCUGAAUCUCCCGUCAAAGAGGCCCCACCUCUACCACCACCUCCAGUUUUGAUUCAAAAAGAGGAGUUGACAGCAGAAGAGCUAGAACACAUCGAACGGGUACGACGACUGGCUGAAGGUUUGGAAAUGACCUCAACGUACGUCGAAGAACCAGAAAUUAGAGAAGCCGAACCAAUGCUAGAACGAACAGCAUCAUCAGCCACCUCUGGUGCUGACGAAGAAGCCCGUUUCGAAAGCCAAGGUUCAGUUAUCGCCGGUGAUUCUUUCGAAGAUCAUGGCUUACUCGCUGAAUCUCCCGUCAAAGAGGCCCCACCUCUACCACCACCUCCAGUUUUGAUUCAAAAAGAGGAGUUGACAGCAGAAGAGCUAGAACACAUCGAACGGGUACGACGACUGGCUGAAGGUUUGGAAAUGACCUCAACGUACGUCGAAGAACCAGAAAUCAAAGAAGCCGAACCAGAGUUCAAAGAAGCCGAACCAGAGUUCAAAGAAGCCGAACCAAUGCUAGAACGAACAUCAUCAUCAGCCACCUCUGGUGCAGACGAAGAAGCCGGUUUCGAAAGCCAAGGUUCAGUUAUCGCCGGUGAUUCUUUCGAAGAUCACGGCUUACUCGCUGAAUCUCCUGUCAAAGAGGCCCCACCUCUACCACCACCUCCAGUUUUGAUUCAAAAAGAGGAGUUGACAGCAGAAGAGCUAGAACACAUCGAACGGGUACGACGACUGGCUGAAGGUUUGGAAAUGACCUCAACGUACGUCGAAGAACCAGAAAUUAGAGAAGCCGAACCAGAGUUCAGAGAAGCCGAACCAGAUUUCAAAGAAGCCGAACCAAUGCUAGAACGAACAGCAUCAUCAGCCACCUCUGGUGGUGACGAAGAAGCCCGAUUCGAAAGCCAAGGUUCAGUUAUCGCCGGUGAUUCUUUCGAAGAUCAUGGCUUACUCGCUGAAUCUCCUGUCAAAGAGGCCCCACCUCUACCACCUCCAGUUUUGAUUCAAAAAGAGGAGUUGACAGCAGAAGAGCCAGAACACAUCGAACGGGUACGACGACUGGCUGAAGGUUUGGAAAUGACCUCAACGUACGUCGAAGAACCAGAAAUCAAAGAAGCCGAACCAGAGUUCAGAGAAGCCGAACCAGAUUUCAAAGAAGCCGAACCAAUGCUAGAACGAACAGCAUCAUCAGCCACCUCUGGUGCUGACGAAGAAGCCCGUUUCGAAAGCCAAGGUUCAGUUAUCGCCGGUGAUUCUUUCGAAGAUCAUGGCUUACUCGCUGAAUCUCCUGUCAAAGAGGCCCCACCUCUACCACCUCCAGUUUUGAUUCAAAAAGAGGAGUUGACAGCAGAAGAGCUAGAACACAUCGAACGGGUACGACGACUGGCUGAAGGUUUGGAAAUGACCUCAACGUACGUCGAAGAACCAGAAAUUAGAGAAGCCGAACCAGAGUUCAGAGAAGCCGAACCAGAGUUCAAAGAAGCCGAACCAAUGCUAGAACGAACAGCAUCAUCAGCCACCUCUGGUGCUGACGAAGAAGCCCGUUUCGAAAGCCAAGGUUCAGUUAUCGCCGGUGAUUCUUUCGAAGAUCAUGGCUUACUCGCUGAAUCUCCUGUCAAAGAGGCCCCACCUCUACCACCUCCAGUUUUGAUUCAAAAAGAGGAGUUGACAGCAGAAGAGCUAGAACACAUCGAACGGGUACGACGACUGGCUGAAGGUUUGGAAAUGACCUCAACGUACGUCGAAGAACCAGAAAUCAAAGAAGCCGAACCAGAGUUCAGAGAAGCCGAACCAGAUUUCAAAGAAGCCGAACCAAUGCUAGAACGAACAGCAUCAUCAGCCACCUCUGGUGCUGACGAAGAAGCCCGUUUCGAAAGCCAAGGUUCAGUUAUCGCCGGUGAUUCUUUCGAAGAUCAUGGCUUACUCGCUGAAUCUCCUGUCAAAGAGGCCCCACCUCUACCACCUCCAGUUUUGAUUCAAAAAGAGGAGUUGACAGCAGAAGAGCUAGAACACAUCGAACGGGUACGACGACUGGCUGAAGGUUUGGAAAUGACCUCAACGUACGUCGAAGAACCAGAAAUCAAAGAAGCCGAACCAGAGUUCAGAGAAGCCGAACCAGAUUUCAAAGAAGCCGAACCAAUGCUAGAACGAACAGCAUCAUCAGCCACCUCUGGUGGUGACGAAGAAGCCCGUUUCGAAAGCCAAGGUUCAGUUAUCGCCGGUGAUUCUUUCGAAGAUCAUGGCUUACUCGCUGAAUCUCCCGUCAAAGAGGCCCCACCUCUACCACCACCUCCAGUUUUGAUUCAAAAAGAGGAGUUGACAGCAGAAGAGCUAGAACACAUCGAACGGGUACGACGACUGGCUGAAGGUUUGGAAAUGACCUCAACGUACGUCGAAGAACCAGAAAUUAGAGAAGCCGAACCAAUGCUAGAACGAACAGCAUCAUCAGCCACCUCUGGUGCUGACGAAGAAGCCCGUUUCGAAAGCCAAGGUUCAGUUAUCGCCGGUGAUUCUUUCGAAGAUCAUGGCUUACUCGCUGAAUCUCCCGUCAAAGAGGCCCCACCUCUACCACCACCUCCAGUUUUGAUUCAAAAAGAGGAGUUGACAGCAGAAGAGCUAGAACACAUCGAACGGGUACGACGACUGGCUGAAGGUUUGGAAAUGACCUCAACGUACGUCGAAGAACCAGAAAUCAAAGAAGCCGAACCAGAGUUCAAAGAAGCCGAACCAGAGUUCAAAGAAGCCGAACCAAUGCUAGAACGAACAUCAUCAUCAGCCACCUCUGGUGCAGACGAAGAAGCCGGUUUCGAAAGCCAAGGUUCAGUUAUCGCCGGUGAUUCUUUCGAAGAUCACGGCUUACUCGCUGAAUCUCCUGUCAAAGAGGCCCCACCUCUACCACCACCUCCAGUUUUGAUUCAAAAAGAGGAGUUGACAGCAGAAGAGCUAGAACACAUCGAACGGGUACGACGACUGGCUGAAGGUUUGGAAAUGACCUCAACGUACGUCGAAGAACCAGAAAUUAGAGAAGCCGAACCAGAGUUCAGAGAAGCCGAACCAGAUUUCAAAGAAGCCGAACCAAUGCUAGAACGAACAGCAUCAUCAGCCACCUCUGGUGGUGACGAAGAAGCCCGAUUCGAAAGCCAAGGUUCAGUUAUCGCCGGUGAUUCUUUCGAAGAUCAUGGCUUACUCGCUGAAUCUCCUGUCAAAGAGGCCCCACCUCUACCACCUCCAGUUUUGAUUCAAAAAGAGGAGUUGACAGCAGAAGAGCCAGAACACAUCGAACGGGUACGACGACUGGCUGAAGGUUUGGAAAUGACCUCAACGUACGUCGAAGAACCAGAAAUUAGAGAAGCCGAACCAAUGCUAGAACGAACAGCAUCAUCAGCCACCUCUGGUGCUGACGAAGAAGCCCGUUUCGAAAGCCAAGGUUCAGUUAUCGCCGGUGAUUCUUUCGAAGAUCAUGGCUUACUCGCUGAAUCUCCUGUCAAAGAGGCCCCACCUCUACCACCUCCAGUUUUGAUUCAAAAAGAGGAGUUGACAGCAGAAGAGCUAGAACACAUCGAACGGGUACGACGACUGGCUGAAGGUUUGGAAAUGACCUCAACGUACGUCGAAGAACCAGAAAUCAAAGAAGCCGAACCAGAGUUCAGAGAAGCCGAACCAGAUUUCAAAGAAGCCGAACCAAUGCUAGAACGAACAGCAUCAUCAGCCACCUCUGGUGGUGACGAAGAAGCCCGUUUCGAAAGCCAAGGUUCAGUUAUCGCCGGUGAUUCUUUCGAAGAUCAUGGCUUACUCGCUGAAUCUCCCGUCAAAGAGGCCCCACCUCUACCACCACCUCCAGUUUUGAUUCAAAAAGAGGAGUUGACAGCAGAAGAGCUAGAACACAUCGAACGGGUACGACGACUGGCUGAAGGUUUGGAAAUGACCUCAACGUACGUCGAAGAACCAGAAAUUAGAGAAGCCGAACCAAUGCUAGAACGAACAGCAUCAUCAGCCACCUCUGGUGCUGACGAAGAAGCCCGUUUCGAAAGCCAAGGUUCAGUUAUCGCCGGUGAUUCUUUCGAAGAUCAUGGCUUACUCGCUGAAUCUCCCGUCAAAGAGGCCCCACCUCUACCACCACCUCCAGUUUUGAUUCAAAAAGAGGAGUUGACAGCAGAAGAGCUAGAACACAUCGAACGGGUACGACGACUGGCUGAAGGUUUGGAAAUGACCUCAACGUACGUCGAAGAACCAGAAAUCAAAGAAGCCGAACCAGAGUUCAGAGAAGCCGAACCAGAUUUCAAAGAAGCCGAACCAAUGCUAGAACGAACAGCAUCAUCAGCCACCUCUGGUGGUGACGAAGAAGCCCGUUUCGAAAGCCAAGGUUCAGUUAUCGCCGGUGAUUCUUUCGAAGAUCAUGGCUUACUCGCUGAAUCUCCCGUCAAAGAGGCCCCACCUCUACCACCACCUCCAGUUUUGAUUCAAAAAGAGGAGUUGACAGCAGAAGAGCUAGAACACAUCGAACGGGUACGACGACUGGCUGAAGGUUUGGAAAUGACCUCAACGUACGUCGAAGAACCAGAAAUCAAAGAAGCCGAACCAGAGUUCAGAGAAGCCGAACCAGAUUUCAAAGAAGCCGAACCAAUGCUAGAACGAACAGCAUCAUCAGCCACCUCUGGUGGUGACGAAGAAGCCCGUUUCGAAAGCCAAGGUUCAGUUAUCGCCGGUGAUUCUUUCGAAGAUCAUGGCUUACUCGCUGAAUCUCCUGUCAAAGAGGCCCCACCUCUACCACCACCUCCAGUUUUGAUUCAAAAAGAGGAGUUGACAGCAGAAGAGCUAGAACACAUCGAACGGGUACGACGACUGGCUGAAGGUUUGGAAAUGACCUCAACGUACGUCGAAGAACCAGAAAUUAGAGAAGCCGAACCAGAGUUCAGAGAAGCCGAACCAGAGUUCAAAGAAGCCGAACCAAUGCUAGAACGAACAGCAUCAUCAGCCACCUCUGGUGGUGACGAAGAAGCCCGUUUCGAAAGCCAAGGUUCAGUUAUCGCCGGUGAUUCUUUCGAAGAUCAUGGCUUACUCGCUGAAUCUCCCGUCAAAGAGGCCCCCACCUCUACCACCACCUCCAGUUUUGAUUCAAAAAGAGGAGUUGACAGCAGAAGAGCUAGAACACAUCGAACGGGUACGACGACUGGCUGA